AUGCCAAGUGCGCAAGCCAUGGAAGAAGAGCUCCAACAGAGCGUCAUGCUCUCCGAAGACGGCGAGUACGACACCGCUGAUACGGGCGACCAGGCACCGUCGUCAAUCACCCGUCCACGCUCGCAGAAAAAUGGAGAUGUCGAAGUUUCUGGCAGCGAUGAUGAAGAACUGAGUGAUCAAGAUGCUUCUGGGGAGGAGCUGGAGCAAGAUGCCUCUGGCGAGGAAGACAACGACCGGAUGGACCAACAAAUCGUCGUGGGCAGCGCCACACCGGGUCAUGGAGAAGAAUAUGACGAAGAUGCAGAAGGAGAGGAUGACCUGGACGAAGAAAUUGGUGCGGUGAAAGUUAAGCCUGUUGAUUCUGAAGACGAAGAAAUGGGAAGCGAUGGCUCUGACGCACAGAGUGCUGCAGAGGAAGAAGAGUCCGACGACGAAGAGGAUGAAGAAGAUGAGGAAGGGGCAUGGGAAGAAGGUGAUGCCGGAGACGAAGACGAGGAGUCCGACGCUGUGCAAUCGAAUACUUGCAUGUUUUGCAAACAAGACGAGGAAAAUGACCCAAGUGAGGAUUUUGAAGCCUUCCUUGCUUGCACCCGUUGUGGUGAGAAUGCACAUCAGCAAUGUGCCCGUGAUGCUGCGGCGAUGACUGAAAAAAACAAUUCGAAAAGAUGGAAAUGCCCAGAAUGCUUCAAUGAAGAAUCUGAGAGCGAGGAUGAUAAUGACGAUGCGGAUGACAUUGAUGCGGUCAGCGCCGAAGAUGGCGAAGCACCCACUGGCUCUGAACGAUCGCAUGCAUCAAAACUAGGGGUUGAUUCAACCCCUGUGGCGUUGGCAAACGGUAGUUUGGGUGAUCGCUCUGGAACUGACGAGCUUGUCCUCGAGGAUUCUCCUAUAGACGGCUCUAGGCCGGUGCGGAAGCGCAAGUCGGCAUCUGCAGAGGCAGACGAUGCCACGUUGGCGAUUAGGAAGCGUCGCAGGAAUCAGUCAAUUGACGGCACGGAUCGAGACGACUCUGCUCGGGAUAGUCGUUCCGGCGACGCUGCAAGGGCUCCAUCAUCAAGAACCAUGCGGCUCAAAGCCACACGACCGCCGCCGGUCACUAUCGCGAAACGAUCGCGUACUUCUCUACUAAUCAAAAUCGAGGUUCGCCCAGGCAAUCUCAAAGAAAUUCUAUCGAGGCGGAAGCGGGAUCGACGACGGGUAGGGGGAAGUAGCGCUCGGCCACAGGCACCACGAUCUACGCCAGCUCGCCCUCCCGCUACUCCGGCUUCUACUGGAAAUCUACCGGCCCUCAUUUCCACCAUGCCAACCCCAUUUACAUCGGAAUCAUACUCCCAACCGUUUUAUUCCUUCUUUGAUAAAGAGACGGAGGAGAUGAAAGGAAAGCCUUAUGGUGGCAUAUUAACAGAAGCCGAGGCAGACACAUCCAAAACCCUUCCGUCUCCUGAGGAUCGCAAGAGAUUCGAGCACGCCAAACAGAAAGCUGAAGACGAAUGGAGAGCUCGUGUACUGGCAAUGCAGGCAGAAGCUGACUUACCUAUCCGCAAGCCUAAGAAGACAAGCGAUAAUGCCAGUCAGAUCGAAUGCAUUGAGUUUGGUGGGUGGGAAAUUGAUACCUGGUAUGCUGCGCCUUACCCCGCAGAAUACAGCAGGAAUCGCGUCUUAUACAUUUGCGAAUUUUGCCUAAAGUACAUGAACUCGGACUAUGUGGCAUGGCGUCACAAAUUAAAGUGCGGCACAAAGCACCCACCGGGAGACGAAAUUUACCGUCACGAAUCCGUCUCCAUAUUUGAAGUUGAUGGUCGAAAACAUCCCGUCUAUUGCCAAAACCUUUGCCUUCUCGCGAAGCUGUUUCUUGGCUCCAAGACGUUGUAUUAUGAUGUAGAACCAUUUUUGUUCUAUGUUCUUUGCGAGUUCGACGACACUGGCUAUCAUUUUGUGGGCUACUUCUCAAAGGAGAAGCGGGCUAGCAGCCAAAAUAAUGUGUCCUGUAUUCUAACGCUGCCCAUUCAUCAGAGGAAGGGCUAUGGGAAUCUACUCAUCGACUUCUCUUAUCUUCUCACCAAGGCCGAAGAAAAGACUGGCUCUCCGGAAAAACCACUGUCGGAUAUGGGCCUAGUCUCAUACCGCAAUUACUGGCGCUUGGAACUCUGUCGAUACUUCCUCGGCUACAUGGAAAGCGAUGCACGUAGACGCGAGGGAUUGAGUAUCAAGAAGAUAUCCAUCAAUACCGGAAUGACACCUGACGACGUUGUCUCUGCUCUAGAAGGAUUGCGAGCCUUGGUGCGAGAUCCCCAAACCCACCUCUAUGCUUUCCGGGUGGACUUGGAUUACUGUCGUAAUUAUGUUAGCAAGUGGCAGUCGAAAGGCUACGUACAGUUAAAGCCAACAGCUCUCGCCUGGACACCAUAUGUCAUGGGCCGAAGUAACGUAGUCAAUUUCGAGCUUGGCCCGCCAAUCAACACUAUUGCCCCUAGAGAGGACGAUGAGGCCAAGAUUGAAGAGGGGACUACUCUGACAGCGGCUCAUGCGCGCGGCAUGCAAAGCACUUUGAAUGGCGUUGACAAGUCCGAUUCGCAGCCAGAGUCCACUCUUGCUAGCCAGCAAGGCAGCGAACAGCCCGCGUUACCAGUCAAGUCUAUCGAGAAGGUCAAGACUGAAGACAAGGAAAAUGCGGAUCCGGAAGAUCAGGGCAUGGUGGAUGCAACGGCCAAUGUUGAACCAGAGUCCUGGGAUGCGCCAUACAGGGACAUUCCUGCGUCCCGGUUCGAGGUCUUCCCACCGGUACCAGGAGGUCGCCGUGACCGGAACCGGACCAGUGUGAGCCGGCCAUCGGCUCCUCGCAAUGGCAGCAGCUCAUCCGCCAGGCCCAGGCCCAGGUCUAGGCCAAGUGGCAGUGCCCGUCGACCUGCUGCCAGUCGACCGCGCAACAACAGCUCGAGACGGAAAUCUGGAGGGACGGGACGUGGUCCUGGGCGGUGGCCAAAAGGAACUAAAAAGUCCGACUAUGGUAAUGCGGACAGUGGGCCAGGCCUCCCACCUGGCUGGAAAGAAAAACAGGCCCGGCUCAAGGCUUUGGCCGAGGGCAGGGACCCCGGACCGGCAGAGAAUCCGGAUGAAAAGCCGGCGGAAGACGAAGUCCGAGUACUUGUUUCUACGGCAGGGACCAACCAGAGCAAGGCGGCCAAUGGCAGUUCCAAGGUUUCAAGACGCGAUUUGGAUUCUGGGUCUGGAGGUGGGAACGGUGCCUCAGAUGGCGAAGACGUCGAUGCAGAAGGGGAAGAUGAAUGA